AUGUCCACAUGCAAAAAGCUAACACGCUGGCAAACUACAAAGCAGCCCUCUUCUUUCCACCCUCUCUUUGCACAAGUUGACAAGGGAGGGUGCGGUGAACUACAAAGAGAACCGCUCCCUAAGGCAACACAUUUUAGUGAGAACUAUUUCACAGUCAAAGGUGCAGCCCUUAUCUUACCACAGAGUGACUGUUCUCAAAGGUCUUCUCGCAACAAUGGAGGUGAUAUACAGCAACAUCUUCAGCAAAUGUUCUAUCUGCUCCGGCCAGAGGAUACAAUCAAAGUGGCCGUUAAGUUGGAAAGCUGUUACCAAGAUCGGAAAAUCUGGCGCUACAUGGCAGUUGUCUGCUGCAAUGGAAACCAAGACACAGAGGAAUCAAUCAUCUUGGGUCUGGACCUCAAGGAGAAAGAAGCCACCAUUGGCCUUGUGUUGGCGAUAUGGGCUAACACAAAAAUCACUCUGGAUGGUGAUGGAGGCUUUAGUGUGAAUUCUGAAGGAGCCGAUUAUCUAUUCAAACCUGUCUCAGUCCAGGCAAUGUGGUCUGCUCUGCAAAGUUUACACAAAGUCAUCAACACAGCCAACUUAAACAAUUACAUUCCAAAAGGCCUCACUCACACGUGGGUCGAAUUUUACAAGGCAAAGAUCAAUUCUGAUGUAUCUUGCAUCAAAGAAUGGAAUUUGAUGGAAGAUAUUGAAUCGUAUGCUGCUGAUUCUCCUUAUUCUUCUGAAAAACAAGAGCUUGAGACUGAUGGUAUGAAAAAUAGAAUUAGUAUAAAACUCAGAGAACUGAUGAUGUCGAUGGAUCUCGAAGAAACCACUAGUAAAGAGUUACGAAAUUCUCUUGAGGCUUCUCUUAAUAUGUCUCUAAUUGAGUAUAAAAGCUAUAUAGAUCAAGAGAUGAUGCGGAUUCUGGGCCAGAUGGAUGCUCCUUCCAAAAUUUUUCCCUAUCUUUAUCUUGGCUCAGAAUGGAAUGCUUCAAAUUAUGAUGAACUGGAAGAAAAUGGAGUCAAGUACAUCCUGAAUGUCUCAAGGGAGAUAGACAAUUUUUUUCCUGAAAAAUACCACUACAUGAACGUUCGAGAAUUUGAUAAUGAACAAUCUGAUCUCAUGAAACACUGGAAACGAACUUAUGAGUUUAUUAAAAAAGUCAAGGAAAAUAAUGGUAAAGUUUUAGUUCACUGUAAGAUGGGCAUCAGCCGAUCAGCCUCAACAGUUAUUGCCUUUAAGAUGAAGGAAGAUGGCUGCUCAUUCCAGGAGGCUUUUAAUUUUGUUAAAAACAAACGCAAUGUCAUCCGCCCAAACAAAGCAUUCAUAGCCCAACUUGAGGAAUACCAUGGAAUUCUUACUGCUAGUCGGAAGCGAUAUCUGUUUGGUUCCAAGUCCAGCAGUGAAGAAGUCGAUAUGGAAAAUGGAUCUGGACUCUGCCAGUUGGGAAAUGAAGCUCGAAGCCUCAGUAGUAUAACAUACUAUGAACAAAAGGAUGAUCCACGUUUUCUCCCCAUUGAUGAUGACAACAGCUUUGCCCUUGAUUAUACUGACAUCUUCAGUGACAAAGAUGAUCAUGUAGACAUUUUAGAACCUAGCCAGCCUCGUGUACGUGCAUACACUUAUGAUAAUUCAAGUAGUUUACCAUCAAAAUUUAAGGCUGAUGACAGUUGGAUUACCUUGCCACAGUCAGUUGCAUCUGCAACUAUAUUGCAAGCCAAGAAACAAGACCAGGGUCUCAAGAAUGACACAAAUGAGAAACUGGAACCUUGUGGCUUGGUUGCAACAGCGUCAGUCACAAAUGAGAUGAAGUCUGCUACAACCACUGCUGCUCCCACGAAACCCGUGGCGUCAACAGCUAGCCCACAACUUUCAAGAAAGGAAGAGUUAAGUCAUAUGUUACCGUCUGCUCCAUAUACAAAAACUCCAGGAGUUUCUUCUACUACAGAAAUGAGACAUCUUGACAUGACUGAUGGUUCUUUGAAAACUCCUGCAAGUACAUCAAAAAUGUCCGGUGAUGGUUCCAAAAUAUCCGCUUCCUCUGUCUCUGUAACUGUUUCUUCUGACAACAAAGAAACUGUAGAGGAAGGCAAAAUCCAAGCAAUGGUACCUUAUGAAUGUGGCCAGAAUAACAACAACAACAAUAAUAAUAAUAAUAAUGAUGAAGCUGUCAGUGAGUGCAUGCCAACACGGUUUGCUAAAGAUGAUAUUCCUUGGAACCCAGGGAACGUUCGAAAGCAGCGUGAGAAGAUGGAAGAACAAAUUAAGAGUGGCACAAAGGAUGAAACGGUGACUGAAGAUGAUGGAGCUGCAUGGGAGGCAUUAAAGAAUGACAAGGAAAUGCCCAUUUCUGACUAUCAUUCCCAACCUGAACAAGUGCAGGCUCCAUCUGCCUCUUUUUCUGUGAUGCAUUCCUCCCCACAAAAGUUAAAGACCUCCCACAGCUUCUCCUCUUUUCCUGUUAGUGGUGACGAGGCACAAAACACCCCUGCUGGUGGGGGUUCAGUUUGUGAUGCUGCCACUGUUGCAGAGCGUCCUCAGAGUGUCUGCUUUAUGCCUUCUGGCAAGGACAUGUCAGCUACUCUUGCAGGGACACAGAAAGACUCUUUAGUUUCUGUCCAAGAACCAUUGUUCGAUUCCAUGCUGCCCUCGGUGUACAAGAUGGAGGACAUUGAUCUUCCAGCUGGGAUUGUCCGAAGAACAACUAAAGAAUUGGAAGAAAAACACAGGUCAUGUGACCAUGAACUGACCACUGUGGGUCUCUCCCAUGAAGACAAGAAACCCCAACCAGUACAAAGGUCAUCCAGUCUAGGCUCAGAACGUGACCGACCACGGCUGGAAAGGACGAAACGGCGGAAGACAUGCACCCCUAUUUUGUCACCAGGGAAUUUUGAGUCAUCUGAGUUUCCUUUUUAUGAUCAUUCAGCUUCAUUAGAUUGUGCAGAUUUGGACCCUGAUGUAGGGCAGGACUCCAAACUGCAUCCCCCUUUGUGCUCUGCUGCUAGUAUGGAGGACCACCUGUUGUCAUCUUAUACUGAGGACAGCCAGGUUAAGGAUAUUAUGGUCUACCGUUAUGGCGCUGAACAAGUUGAGAUUACAGGAGGUAGUGUUCGCAGAAGAAUGAAAGGUGAGAGAUUUUUGGCAGGGGGGAUUGAAUUUCAUUAUUACAUCUUUUCCUUUCUUUCUUUCUUUCUUUCGUGUUAUUUUUUCACCUCUGUCCUGCAAUGUCCCACCUGGUAUGUGCCAUUUCACUCUUACUCUUCCAUUACCUCCUUCUCUCUCUUCACUUCUCUUCAUCUACUUCAUUUCUUUCUUUUCCUUUUUUCUUUUUUAGUUCUUUUCUCCUCUUUUUCUUUUUUCUGUUUCCACUUUUUGUUUACUUUUUCCUCUUCUCCUUUUCUACACAGAUUUGACAAAGACACAGAAGAUGUUGCUUGUCUAUCGGAAAGCUCAAAACAAGGCACCCUGAAUUCCGUCUUGGGACAUGCAACUUCCUCAAAGACCACAGCACCCCCAUCUACACCUCCAAUAACCACGAUUACCACAGUGUCCACUGCCAAUGUCACAAUGACUACUGCUAGCAAAUCUUCAACAUGUGUUAGUCCCAAAAAUACUGCUAGGAUAUCAGCGGCUGUCACCACUACUACCCCAAGCAGCACUGUGCAGAUGACUCCCAAAACCUUAAGAAAACAGGAGGAAUUGAAAGGAGCUUGCAGCAAAUCCGUCGCUCAGAAAACGGUGAAAGACUCUGACAAAGAUUACGAGUCCACCCUUUCAAAGGCUGCUUCAGUGACCAUGCCUUCAAAGAUUGAAAAAGAAAAGGUCAGCAAAGAUCAAGUGCCCACCGUUAGUGUUAAUAUGUCAUCAGUGUUAUCAUCAUCAGAAGAGCCAUCCAUCUUGUCUGGAUGUGUGACAAAAAUGACACAGCAGAUAGAGCAGAUGUCCAAGGAGGUGCCAAACCAUGCAAAUGCAGUCAAAGAUCCGGCUUCCUCAAAAAGUCACCUUUUUCAACUGGCUGCCAUAUCCAGUGCACUUGAUUCUCCAUUCUCUUGCCAUCUUUCAGCUUCAGGAACCGUUCAAGAGAAUGAAAGCUUUGCAAAAGAAUCUGAGUGCAGUGCAGUUGCCAGUAAAGACCUCAGAUUGAAAAAACCUCACAGAGUUGAUGAAAGCACUGCAGUACCCUUUGAGUUUGAAAAAACACAGCUUCUGAAAGCUAAAAGCUUAGAUGAAUCGAUUCUUGCUUUGCCAUUGGAGGUGACAGACAUUGCUCACAGCGAUGGCAAAAUUGUUCGACACCUUGUUGGAAAAUUUGACCCAAAUCUCGUCAAGGAAUUGGACAAUGAUGCUGUGCCAGCAAAAUUGAGAGAUGACUCUAUGUCAGCUGUCUCUUCGACUGGUGAUGGCCUCCAGCCAAAGAUGUCUGAAGUUGUAAGCCAGAGUACAUUAGGUUCUCCAUUUUAUGCCUCCCCCAGCAAAACAGUACCGCCCGUGGAGACAAAAUCUGUUCCUCCCUGUUCUUCUUCACAAGUACUUCCAAACACUUUUGGUGCUAUAAACAGUCCUCGUUCAUCAACAAAAAAUCUUUCCAGUAUUGGAAAAUCAAAACCUCUUGUGUCAACUUCCUUGGUGUCUACAUCUCACAACUUAACCCAUUCCCCUGCUGCCACGUCUUUCUCCGUCACCUCUUCCAUAACUACAACUGCAGCAGUAGCUUCCGUUGCCAUGACUACAACAUCCAUCACUACUGCUACUUCCUCUACUGCCACUACUACUAUUACUACUGCUACCACCACUGCCAACAUUUCGGCUGCAACCACCAAGAGUGCAACCCAAACAGGUCCUGUAAAUACUCAGUUGACAAAUGUCCAAAGUGUCCAGUGGUGGCCACAAAACAUGCAGUGCAGGACUGGGUUGACUGAACAAGCUCCCUGUCCCAACUUGACGCCAACGACUUCAACAUCUGUAACGUCCACAUCUGCCUCCCCUGCAGCUACCCACAAUGUCCCAAUCUCUGCUGCUGCUGCUGCUGCUGCUACUACUUCCUCAUCUACCUCCCUGACUUGGAGGGCCCCUUUUAUGUCGGAUUCGCGUGCCUUUUUGCAGGAGGGGCGCAAGUGUUCUCGACUUCCUCGUUCUCUGUCUCUCAGUGUUCUCGACUUCCUCUCUCUCUGUCUCUCAGUGUUCUCGACUGCCUCUCUCUCAGUGUUCUCUACUGCCUCUCUCUCUGUCUCUCAGUGUUCUCUACUGCCUGUCUCUCAGUGUUCUCGACUGCCUCUCUCUCUGUCUCUCAGUGUUCUCUACUGCCUGUCUCUCAGUGUUCUCGACUGCCUCUCUCUCUGUCUCAGUGUUCUCGACUGCCCUCUCUCUCUGUCUCUCAGUGUUCUCGACUGCCUCUCUCUCUGUCUCUCAGUGUUCUCGACUGCCUCUCUCUCUGUCUCUCUCUCAGUGUUCUCGACUUCCUCUCUCUCUGUCUCUCAGUGUUCUCGACUGCCUCUCUCUCUGUCUCUCAGUGUUCUCGACUGCCUCUCUCUCUGUCUCUCAGUGUUCUCGACUGCCUCUCUCUCUGUCUCUCAGUGUUCUCUGUCUCUCACUGCCUCUCUCUCUGUCUCUCAGUGUUCUCGACUGCCUCUCUCUCUGUCUCUCAGUGUUCUCGACUGCCUCUCUCUCUGUCUCUCAGUGUUCUCGACUGCCUCUCUCUCUGUCUCUCAGUGUUCUCGACUGCCUCUCUCUCUGUCUCUCAGUGUUCUCGACUGCCUCUCUCUCUGUCUCUCAGUGUUCUCGACUGCCUCUCUCUCUGUCUCUCUAACCCUUUCACUUCCUCCUACUGGCCUCAAAUCUUUUCCUUCCUCCUACUUCCUUCCUGCCCUCAGCUCUUUUCCUUCCUUCCUGCCCUCGGCUCUUUUCCUUCCUUCCUGCCCUCGGCUCUUUUCCUUCCUCCCUGCCCUCGGCUCCUUUCCUUCCUCCCUGCCCUCGGCUCCUUUCCUUCCUCCCUGUCCUCGGCUCCUUUCCUUCCUCCCUGUCCUCGGCUCCUUUCCUUCCUCCCUGUCCUCGGCUCCUUUCCUUCCUCCCUGUCCUCGGCUCCUUUCCUUCCUCCCUGUCCUCGGCUCCUUUCCUUCCUCCCUGUCCUCGGCUCCUUUCCUUCCUCCCUGUCCUCGGCUCCUUUCCUUCCUCCCUGUCCUCGGCUCCUUUCCUUCCUCCCUGUCCUCGGCUCUUUUCCUUCAUCCCACUUCCUUCUUGUCCCUGGCUCUUUUUCUUUCCUCCCUGUCCUUGGCUUUCUUCAUUCAUCCCACUUCCUUCCUGGCCUUGGCUCUUUUCCUUCUUUCCAUUUCUUUCUCUAUUCUCUUCUCUAUCAUAUGA